AUGGUUAACCAAGCCGCUGUAUAUUUCGCUGUCACCGAAGAGAUCCGGGUUCAAUUCCCGGCACGAGCUUGCUGUCAAAGUUUUUUUGGGCACCUGAACUUCAGGCAUGCUUUGCAUUCGCUGCCUGGGAAACGAGAAAAGCAACGUGCACCAGCGCGAGGGUCGCCAAGUUGGCGUUUUUCUUUCGCAACCGUUAACUCCAACUCUGCGCACAGCCGUGUUCUUGCAUGA